ACAACAUGGGGAACUGUAUUAUGGGGUCGCAGCAUUAGAAAGGUUGAGAACCACUGGAUUAAAGGAUUUGUUUGUUUGUUUUAGAAUGAAAUUGUAGCAGGCUUGCACUGAACAAGUAAAUUACCCAUAGAAUAAGCCUUCAGCAGCCUUUUUUUGAAAUGCAAUUAGCCUUAUAUCCAUACCAGGAGCCCAUAGUUUAAUGAAAAAAGAUUUAGUAAUCCUGAUACAAGUAGUCCUUGACUUACAAUCAUUUGUUUAGUGACCAUUCAAAGUCACAGUACCACUGAAAAAAGCAUUUUAUGACUGUUCCUCGCAUUUACAACCUUUGAAGUCAUGUGAUUGAAAUUCAUUUGCUUGACAACCUGCAUGUAUUUACCAGGAUUGCAGUGUCCCCAUUGGCUUCCGAAAGCAAUGUCAAUAGAGGAAGCUGGAUUUGGUUAAUGACCAAGUGAUUCAUUUAACAACCUCAGCGAUUCGCUUAACAACCAUGGCAAAAAAGUCACAAAAUUGGGUGUUACUUAACAACUGCUUUGCUUAGCAACACAAACUGCAUUCCCAACUGUGACCACAAGCGAAACCAGAUACUGAUAAACUGAAGUUUAAACAAGAGGAACACCAAUGGAUGGAGGUCACAAGGCAUCUACUAGUCUGUGGUGCAACCUAUUCCCUUUUUCUGAGAGAAGCUCCAUUUCUGAAGUGUGGCAUUAGGGAAACUUUGAUCAAUAUGAGAUGGAAGAGACUCAGUGCCUUUCCUUAUGCAAAAAUACAACACACCCGUGCUCUGCUCUUAAAGUACAAACACAUAUUGUGGCUCUGGGUCUCUUUUUUCUGCUUUGAGCAGCCUCCUCUUUCCAACCACUAGUUCCAUUUUUGGCACACUCUUCUUUCUCCCAAUUUGAAAAGGAAAGCAGAAUGGAGCGCAGGGAGAUGUCACUUCUGCUUGGGCUUGAAGAGCCAUGCUUGGCAUGGUGGAGGGCGAAGGCUGUGGGACAGACCCGCUUUCUCUCCCUCAGCGCAGCCCUGGGGCCUAAUGAGUUGUCCGAAGGAAGCAGGUUCCAGCGCGCGUGGCUAAGGGGACGCUCUGAUUGGCCAGCUGCGCCUCGCGACCCCCAUUCAUUAAUAAAUUAGCGGCACGCUCCAGCCGAGCGCAAGGCACCAAUCACACCCCAGAAUUGUCCCAGUUGCCAACACACUUUCGGAGGAUCAGAUAAAAGGAAGGAGGAGGGAGGAGAAAGAGGAGCACGCACACACGCAAACCCUAAAAAGAAAGAAAAGAGAUGAGCGAUGAUAAUGAAAUGAAAAGGAAAGCUAAACCUGGGGAGGGGGAGAGCCGAGGAGGCCCUGGGGGUACAUUUGAUUGUUUUCCAUGGGGUAUAUAAGGGGUUUUAAGUAGAGUCGUGUGCCAGACACACAGCCACAGAAACACAAGCAGCUUCGCCUUAACUGGAGGGUCCAGGCGCGUGCCAGCAGCUUUCCACACUGAGCUGCCCUGUUUCUUACACACACGUAGGCCGGCGGCGACGGGCCAUAGAAGCAGCCCUUUAGAGACAUUUCCUCCCCCCCUCCCCGAACAAGACGCCUUGGACCCACACCAACACCCAGCCACGGUGGGACCUUCUCCAGCAACAGAGAGGGAACGGCGCGGGGCCAAGCUGAACCCUGAAGGUUGCCCCAAGGGGCGGUGCGGAACGAGACAGGAGCAGCCAGCCACGUCUUCGGGCCAAAAAAGGGGGCCGAGCGAAAAACAAUUCGGUUACUUCCAAAAGAGCCAAGUAAGUUUCCAAUUUUCCCUCUCUUUUCCCCCACUUUUUUGAGGCGAACUUGGUUGGCUGAAAGCUGUUUUCAGAGCUGCAGCCAAAACUCCCGCUUAGCGCUUAGGCGCAACCGCAGUGGCUCUCUCUGCCUCCCCUCCCGGCCGCGGAGUAUUGGUAGGAAGGCCAAGGCGCGGCUCGCUCCAAAGGCAACGCAGCGGAUUUCUGCAAUGCCUUGCCGAGCGGAAGGCUGCAAGCGCCCCUUUGGAUGUUCGGGCAGCCAGAGACCCUGGGAGUGAAGGAGGAAGAGGGGCUCCUUGACACCCAGUCCUUGCCUUCUUCCUCCUCUUCGUCGUCUUCCUCCCCCUCCUCCUCCUCCUCUCUCGUCCCUUUCUCGUCGGGCUCCGAGGGGGAGGACGACGCGGAAGAAGAGCCGCCCCACGUCCUGUCCCCCUCGGGGUCAGCGCCCGAGGUGGCCGUAAAAGCGGCGGAGCACGCGCGCCUGCCCCUCCUCGGCUUAAGACGGCACGACUGUAAGAGACGCUCCGGCCGGGCGCGAAACGCCUCCCGCCUCGCCAAGACGACCGAGACGGUCCAACGGCUGAAGAAGAGCCGCCGCCUGAAGGCCAACAACCGCGAGCGGAACCGGAUGCACAAUCUGAACGCGGCGCUGGAUGCCCUGCGGGAGGUGCUGCCCACCUUCCCGGAGGACGCGAAACUGACCAAGAUCGAGACGCUUCGUUUCGCUCACAACUACAUUUGGGCGCUCACCGAGACGCUCCGCUUGGCCGACCAUUGCGGAGGCGGCGGAGCGGCUGCCGCCGCUGCCGCUGCCGCUGCCGCCUUCUCCGAGGCAGUGCUGGGAAGUAUUAGCGGCGGCGGCGGCAGCAGCAGCAGCAUUUCUCCAGCCGCCUCCUCGGGUUCCUGGAGCUGCACCACCAGCCCCGCUCCUUCGGCCGCCUCCUCCGCUUACAGCUGUACUUUGUCGCCCUCCAGCCCUGGCAGCUCCGUCUCAGAGUUGGACUUUUGGCAAUCGGAAAAUCCCGGCUAUGUGCUGUCCAGAGAUUUAAUCUGACGCCCUUUUGCUUCCCACUCGUCCCUUCCCGCGUGGGCCGGAGGGUGGACAGACUGACGUAGCCCACCAGUAGCGGAGGUCCCAGGAGUCGAUCCCCGGGGAAGAUUAGCCGUUCACCGGAGCGGGCUGGAGCGCCCAGCGAGCAGCGCUUGAGGCUAAAGUAUUAAGGUGGAGUGCCUGAUCCCUGGGACGCAGAUUGCGGUCCUUUGUAGGGCCCUGAACGCUUUGAGUGUCUUCCUGUCCCCAGCACGAUCCCUUCGACGUUAGCGGUCUGGCCCUGGUGGCAUCUGCUUGUUUCCCACUGCCUGCCUGGCGGCUGUGGGAAUUACACCUGUCAAACCAAACUUUCUGUCACUGUGAUGUGCACUUUCCCACAAUGUCUUUUGUUCUUUUUCUCUCUCUGCCUCCCCCGCUCACGGCGACAUAGAUACCUCUUAUUCCUAGCGCUCCCUCUGCUUUUACCCAGUUGUCUCCUAUGAUUUAUGCGGAGUAAAAAGGAGAGAAAAUGAAAAGCAGGAGGGUGGUUUUGUUUAUCUGUUGAUUUGCUUGUUGAGACUGAGUUGCCAUAAAAGGCACUCCAUAAUUUGUAGGCAUUAUCCUGAUUAAACGCAAGCGUGGAAAUUUGGGGGGUGGGGUGAAGAAGGAUGGGAUGGAUGGAGCCCUUAUGCAAUAAGAGUCUCUUAUGCAUUAUUUAUCUCCACCUUUGAUUGAUGGAAAACGCCAUUAUUCUUUCAACAGACUAAAAAUAUAGACAGAAAAACAUCGAAGAGAUUAUAAAUUGUAAUUAGCAACAUACUUUUGCUUUUAUUUAUUGCAAAGGAAAUAAAAACUUUUUUGUAAGACAUGGGGGAAGGGAGAAGAGACACAGAUAUAUUUUUGUAUAUUUUACAGAGUUUAUUCUAGUAUGUAUUUACAGUUGCAGAGCAAGGAGGUGGUUCUUAAACAAACAUAUAUAAAUAAAGUAUAUAAUUUU